ACGCCCCGUCAACAUUACUCCAACAUUCCCCCAGAAGAGGCACCCGUGCAACAGCAGCCUCAGAAACAAUUACCUCAGCUUCAGAACCAGCCCAGGCCGCCCAGGAAUAAUACCCGCAAUAGUAAAUCUGCAGAGGCGGAAUGUCUGGAGAUCCCGUGUCUCAAUGAGCUAGGGCUCUAUGCUCUGCCUACGGAAGGUGAUGGUAAUUCUUUCCUUCCCCGCAUCCCCAUCUGCCAUUGACUUGCUUGGCUCAACGCCUGCUCUUCCAAUGGCAAGCGGGUGGACUGGCCCUUUUCUGACAUUUCUGCUCGUAGGCAAUUGCCUCUAUUACGCCUUCUCCGAUCAACUUUACGGAGACUUUACCCAUGCCGACGAAAUCCGUGUUCGUCUUGCAGAUCAUAUUGCCGCCAACCGAGACUAUUUUAUGAGCUUCAUAGCCGCUGUCGGUGGGGAGCGUCGAGCUCCCAGGCGAGCCGCCGCGUCGGCCGCCAAGUAUUCUUCCUGUUCUUCGUCUUCAGCUAGUCCUGCACCCCCGUCAAUCAAGGACAAAGAGCGAAGCUUCGAUUCCAAGGUAUCAGAAAGUCGGAGACGGGGGGUUUGGGGAGGAGCAGAGGAAAUUCAGGCAUUCUGCCAGUCGUUCAAAAGAGACGUCAAUGUUUACACCAUGUAUGGCAUCCAGAAUUUUCGGGAUGUCCAUGCUCCCAUGAAUGAAGAAAGAGAACUCGUACAUAUUGCAUUUCAUGACUUUCAUCACUAUUCCUCAGUACGCUAUAGAAAUGGACCCCGAACGGGUCUGCCGUGUAUUCCAAAAGAGAGCCAGAUGAGAGAGGAGGCUCGAAAGAAUCCUAUUCCUACUGUGGUAGACAUGGCCACUCCAUGGAAAAUUUCAGCUAUCCAGGAGGGCUUAGGAGGCAAGUACGACCGUGACGCAAUUGUCGAAAUGCUCCAACAAUGUCGUGGCAACAUCGACCGGGCUUUCACCAACCUCCUUGGUGAAAAUGAAAACACCGUUCCGCCUCCAGGAGAGUCUGCCGCGUCUAGAGCAAUUAUGAAAUCACACAUUCAGCCGUCUUCGCGUUCCUCGUCUCCUUUCAGCACCGGUAGCAAGCGCUCAGCGGAUGACAGUGACAGCGAGGAAAAUCCUCGACCAGUUCUCCGACGCACCCGGGCUCGGGAGCAAAAGAGACGGAUCCUGCCAGAUGUCACGGUCGGGAUUUCCUUCAAAGACGAUCAAAAUGACCUGGUUUCUCUAAGGCUACGAGUCAGCCCAGAGACCGUGGCAGAGAAAGCGACGGCUCAUCACACUCCCGAGCAAGCAAGCAAUCCAGCUAUUCAUACGGGCCAGGGAAAUGCGGACUCCAAGGCCGAACCAAAACCAAAAGCCAAAUCGGAACCUGCUUCUGUCGAGGCCUCUAGCCAGCAGAGCGAGUCCAAUGGCGAGCAAAAACCACGACGAAGCCGACGUAUUACUCGGAGUCGCACUGCGUCUAGAGUUGUUUGAGAACCCUCGAUAUCUCUUUAGACAUCUUAUCUUACAUUUUAUCAUCGCAACGGGUUAGACCAUACAUACGAUACGUU